AUGGCAAUCCUGACUGCCCGCAAAGCCGAAGCCGUUCAUAUCCGUGCAGGCCAGUACCUCAAGCUCGUCAACACCUAUGGAAAGCAAGUCGUGGACUUCUGGGCUUUCAAUCCGAAGGACAGCCACGACUUUCUGUCUAUGGUGCAUUCCCGCACAAUUCUCCUUACCAUUUCGCUACGUAAGGGCGACCACCUCUACAGCACACGACGCAAGCAAAUAUUGACGUUGGUCGACGACACAACACGAGGUGUGCACGACAUGAUCUGGUCAGCUUGCGACACGGAGCGGUAUCGCAUGCAAGGGGCUACAGGCUACCAUGACAAUUGCACGGACAAUUUGCACAACAUUCUCAAGGCUAAAUUUCCCGAGGUUGCGAUAGCCGAUGACUGGGUGCCCGAUCCGCUGAAUUUGUUUAUGAAUGUGGCCGUGGAUCAUCACGGAGACCUCGACAUUCGGCCCCCCACCAGCCAGAAGGCUCAAUACGUUGUUUUUAAGGCUGAAGCUGACCUUGUCAUCGUCAUGAGUGCCUGUCCCCAGGACAUGGCUCCAGUCAACGGCGGAAUGCCCACAGACUGUGAGUACGACGUUUUCGAAGACGAGGCUUGCCAAGUCCUGGCAUCUAGCACCAAGUCUGUGGCAGCACAGAAAACGAUCGAAAUAUCUGUCCCGAGGCCAAUUGCCACAAAGCCGAUGCGCGUGAAGGUGGCACUGUCGUUCGAUUUUGAUGCUGUAUCGCACUGGCUCGGCACGGGCUGUCAUCCGGACAACAAUAUGGCCGAUUACAGCUCUGGUAUCUUUGCUGGCACUGUGGGAGCAUUGCGUCUGCUCCACGUCCUCAAGAGCAACGGGAUUGCUGAUAAGGUCACCUGGUUCAUUCCCGGGCACACAAUGGAGACUUUCCCAUCGUCCGUACAGAAGGUGGUGGAGUCUGGUGCUGAGGUUGGACUGCACGGCUACUCGCAUGAAGGAAUUUCCCAGAUGACACCGGAGCAGGAGUCCGAUGUUCUUGACAAAUGUAUCGAGAUUGCCACGAAGCUGUGCGGGAAAAAGCCGCGCGGAUAUCGCGCACCCAUGUACACGAUUCGCGAGACAACGGUCAAGCUGCUCCGUCAACACAGCUUCCUUUACGACACCUCUCUGAUGCACCACGAUUCACAGCCGUACUGGACUCCCGCGGAUCCCCCGAUUCAAAAGAUCGAUUUCACCAAGGAAGCCUCGUCGUGGCUGAAGCCGACUCCGAUUGCAGACCCAGCUGCUGCAACAUCAAGCCCACUUGUAGCAGGCCGCCACCCCUUGGUCGAGAUUCCAUGCGGGUGGUACAACGAGGACAUGAUGCCUCUACAGUACCUGCCGCAUCUCGCAAACAGUAUGGGAUACGUGUCGGUGAAUGUCGUGGAGCAGAUGUGGAAGGACAAGUUUAUGUGGCUCUGGGAGAACGCUCGCGCUGUUGGUGAAAGCGACGAAUCGGCCGACUUUGUUUUCCCCAUUCUUAUGCACCCUGAUACUAGUGGCAUGGCGCACAUCAUUGGCAUGGCCGACCGCAUGAUCAAGUGGCUGAAAGACUGGGGCACAGAAGUUGAAUUUUGCCGCCACGAAGACAUUGCCAAUGCUUGGCUCUCGUCACAAAAGUCAAAGCUUGGAAACCAUUAA